AUGACGACUCCGGUGACGACUCGCCAGCCGCUACGGAUUAUUAACACGAGCAACCAGGCGGAGCAACGGACGAGCAAGCGCGCCGCCGAUGGGUUGCACGAUGAGCACACGAUGCAGGGAAUGUUAGGCGCCGGCGGCCAAACAACAGCCAUCGCCGAUUACGAACGGGAUGAUGAUUUCCAGUUUGUGAGGAAGUCGAAGAGGGUGAAGACGCGAAAGCGCGAGGAGCCGGCACCAGAACCUCCAAAGAAGUCGGGGUCGGGAAGGGCCGCAAAGGAACGCGUUGCCCAGGAUCUAGCACCUGUAGACCAGGGCACGAAGGAGACAACGGCGACGGUAGCGACUACGGAACCUGUGAUAACCAAGGCCACGAGGAAAUCUUCAAGGCAGAAACCGAGCGUCAACGUGUCGAACGAGAAACCGCCACUCAAGGUCCCCAAGAGAGGAACACGAAGGAGCGCACGAAUAUCGGGGGAAGAGACAACGCCGCAGACAAAUGGCACGUCAAUAAAGCGCGGGCGCAAUGCAGGAGAAGCGCCGAAACGCCCCGUGCCAAAUUGGGAUGAAUCACCGCCGCCGCGUGUAGUGCUCUCCAAGAUUGCGCUCCCGAUGAGCGACACGCCGGUGAUCAAUCGGAACAAGGAGAUGCGCAUGAGGAAUGGUGGGAGUCGACGAAGCAGUUUGGGAAUGAGGGGGAGACGGGCGAGUUCUCUCAUCGACGGCGGACAAUCGGCAAUUCCACAUCGCAAGGUCAAUCCGGCUGAUUUCUUCAAGCACAUCGAAGCUUCGUUGUUGGAGCCGCGAAGAAUGAAGCAGCUUCUGACCUGGUGUAGCGAGCGCUCUCUGUCAGAAAUGCCCCCUCAUGGGGCGCCUAAUGCUCAUGCGAUUCUCGGCGCUCGUGCAAUUCAAGAUCAGUUGCUCAAAGAUUUUGCAGCUCGAUCAGACUUCUCGGAUUGGUUUAGCAGAGAUGACAGUGUACCCAAGGGCCUACCACCACUUGAACAACCGCCUCUAUUUGAUGAGAGCGAAACAGGUCGGAUUGUAUUGCCGGACUUCGAUCUGCUAGAUCCAGAAGAAGGGCAGAUCAGAGGUUAUUUGGCGGACGAGACGACCUCCUUUGAGGCUACUCGAUCACAAACAGAAUCACGGCUACACAAAAUCCAGUCUUCGCUCGAAUUCCAGGUCGAUCAGCUCGCCAACAACAUCCAUACGCUCGAACAACGGGUUCUCGUCGCGGGAAAGGAGGCGGGCAAGGUCCUCAGCAUCAACGCCCUCCAGCUCCGCCAGCGGGAGGAGUGUGAAAAGGCGAAGGCGGGAACUAAGGAAAUGCCCGUCAUAGAGGUGCUCAGGAGUCUGGGCAGCAUUCUUCCGGAAGGCAGAGGGCGAAGAGAGAAUCAAGAACUCAAAGCCAAUGAAGCAACGAAAAGUGAAUCGAAUGGUUAUGCACUACGAAAUUGA